GCGGUUCUGCGGUUGUCACUAUCUGUUUUGCUUUGGUAUUUAUUUCUUGGACUGUUGUCAACAUUUUUAUUUGAGCUUUGUUCUUUAUUGCGCGUUAAUUACUGAUCGUCUUUACUAAAGUUUUACUGAUCCACGAUCAACAUGAAGACCCUGAUCUUCACAGCGUUUUCGCUGUUUGCUGUGGCUUUGGCUGUGCCUCCCUCUCUAUCAAAACAACGCCUAUUGGGAGAGAAGGAGUGCACCUAUGGACCAUCUUAUUGGUGUCAAAAUCUGACUUCUGCCGGCGAUUGUCAUGCUACAAAACACUGCAUACAAACCGUGUGGAUCCAUAAGCAGUUCCCAGAAGACCGAUCCAGCAUUUGUGACACUUGCAAGGAGAUGGUGAAAGAGGCAAGGGAUCAACUGGAGAGCAAUGAAACUCAGGAGCUCAUCAAGGAAGUUUUCGAAGGCUCAUGUGCUUUGCUGCGUCUUAAACCGGUUGUCAAGGAAUGUGAUAAAAUUGCAGACGAGUAUAUACCAGACCUCAUUGACACAUUGGCAUCUCAGAUGAAUCCGAGCACCGUAUGUUCUGUCGCAGGACUUUGCAACAAUCCGAGAUUCCAACAGCUCUUGUUAGAGUCCACAGAUGAACCAAUCACCAGUAUUAAAGAAAUUACACCAAAAAGAGACAGGUGCGCAGAUUGUAAUACGGUCAUGGACCUGGUUGUGCAAAAAUUCAAUGGUUUAAAUAGAGAUGAGUUCCUGAAUUAUGUUUUACAGCUUUGUGGAGAACUAAGUAGUUUCUCAGACGGAUGCAGCAACUUGGUAAUAACGCACUUCGAGGACAUCUACAGUUAUUUGCAAAACAAUUUGAAUUCCCGCGAUUUCUGCUUGCUCUCUGGCGAAUGUUUCGCUAAUUUCCAUAAACACGAUAUUGAAAUUACUCCAAUGUCUAAAAUCGGUUAUGUACCAGUAAAUGGCCAAGGAGACGACCUACCAUGCGAACUCUGUGAACAACUUGUAACUCAUUUAAGGGAAAUCCUUGUUGCAAACACCACCGAAUCCGAAUUUAAGCAGGUUUUGGAAGGAAUCUGCAAGCAAGCCAAGUCAAGUUUCCGUCAGGAAUGCUUGAGCAUUGUCGAUCAGUAUUAUGAGGUGAUUUAUGGUUAUAUUGUUGCUGGGCUCAACCCAACUGCUGCUUGUCAAAUGAUCAAUAUUUGUCCCAGAGGAAAUCAGAAACCGCUUUAUAUUGCGCCAAUCCUUCCAGUGGAAACUGCCGAGGUUGCAUCUAAAUUGAACGAAAGACACCGAGUCCCCAUACAAAAGGAUGAUUUUGUCAUUAGGUUAAUUAAACCCAAACAACAACCCCAACCAAUUUUAUCUGCCCAAGAAAUGCAACUACCAAUCGACCUUCUUGUGCCACCCCAUCAACAACUCUAUAACCAGCAAUUCUGUGUCUUUUGCGAGUAUUUCCUUCAUUUUGUCCAAAAAGAAAUCACCGAUCCUAAAGUUGAGAGUGAGGUGGAAAAAGUAAUGGACAAAGCUUGUUCAAAACUGCCAGCAUCAGUUAACGAUACGUGUGUUGCUUUCGUUAAUACUUAUGAGCCGGCCCUCGUAGCAAUUUUGGCCCAGGAGAUCGACCCUUCGCAAGUUUGCCCCAUGAUCAAAGCUUGUCCUGCAGAAAAAGCUAAGGAUGUGGACAUCUUUUCCAGCGCUAAAUCUUCCUCAAAUUGCCCUCUUUGCUUGUAUGCCGUUACCGAGUUGGAAUCCAUGAUUAAGGGACAAAAAACCAAGGACGAAGUCAAAAAAUACUUGGACCAAGUUUGCGAUCACUUGCCUCACAGUGUCAGAGAACCAUGUGAAGAUUUCGUGAACACCUACACUGAGGAACUUGUUGAAAUGAUUGUGGCGGACCUUAACCCUCAAGAAGUCUGUGUUUAUUUGAAGAUGUGCAACGAUUCUGCUCCCGCUACUGGAAUCAUGGCUGAAGAUAGAGAAGAGUUCUUUGGAGGAGAUACAGAAACCAACAUGAUUUAUGAUAAUACAGUAAACGGACAAGAUAUACGCGAUCUUGGGGACGAGAAGUGCAUCCUAUGCGAGUUCGUUAUGAAGGAAAUAGAUGAUGAACUAAAAAACAAAAAAACCGACGAUGAAAUAAAGGCCCUCGUCCAUGGUAUUUGCAAGGCCCUUCCCGGCACUAUCAGAACAUCUUGCGACAACUUCAUUAAUCAGUACGCAGAUGCGAUUAUAAUUUUACUGCAAGAAACUAUGGAUCCUAAAUCGCUCUGCUCUUAUUUGAAAUUCUGCAAUAAAUUACAGGAGCACCCAUUACAGUUUAUUAAAACUGAAAUAACAAAAUGCGCAGUUUGUACCCAAGCGGCCGAAAUAAUGCAGAGCAUUUUGAAAAACCCUAGAAUCGACCAGAGUGUCGAGCAUAUCUUUGACAAAACUUGCCGUGGAAUGCCCGAAGGUUCUAAGAACUCGAACUGCUUGGGUCAAUCAGUCUGCAACCAUUUUCCAAAGUACAUGGAAUCCGAUUGUUAUGAUUUUGUAAGGGAAAACACAGAUAGUUUGUUAGAACUGAUUUUUGGCAACAAUCAGGCUAAUAGGGAGAAUUUACAACAGUCAGAUACCUUGAAGUCUAUUAAAGAAACAUGUGGCAUGUGUAAAUUUCUCAUGAGAAUUAUCGGCUUGCAACUGAAAACUAAACCGUUACAAGAGGGUAUCGAAAAAAGCGUAACUCAGGUUUGCGAAACUAUAAAUCGUCCGAUAAAAGCAAAAUGCGAAUCUUUCGUUAAAGAAUUUGGUCCCAAACUGAUUAGCAAGUUGCAGCAGACAUUUGAACCACAGUUCAUUUGCUCACACAUUAAAGCUUGUCCAAAAGAAUUAGAUGGUCCUAUAGAUCAAGGUGUAACUGAUGAAGUUGAUAUUGAACAUGAAGACUUUUCAUUGGAAAUUGUAGAUGAAACUAAUUUAAGUAGGAAGCCUUAUUGUGCAGUUUGUAAAGCAGUGGUGUCAGCUGCUAAACAUUUAAUUAAAACUGACUAUUCCAAGGGCCACAUCAAAAAUACUUUAACAAAAAUCUGUGGGAAGCUCCAUAAGUUUGGGGAUAAAUGCAAUAAAUUUGUAAAUCAAUACAUGGAUCGACUAGUUGAUGCCUUAGCUGAUGCCACUAAGAGGAAUCAAGUUUGCAGGUUAAUUACAGUGUGUUCACACCUUAUUGAAAAUGAGGAUAAUGAAGUGGAAUAUUAUGAGGAAAUUGAUAGUAAUGAGUAUGCUAUUGUGGAAAGAAAUGAUUAUUACUUAGAAGCCAACUUAGAAACUUCAGAUGAAAAUGUUGGAAUUGGUGAAUGCAUCAUAUGCAAAGGAAUUGUGAAGGCUGUGAAGGAGAUUGUAAAACAUUCGUUUACCAGGGAUAAAGUACAACAUGCUUUACGUAAAGCUUGUGAAAAAGUUCAUUCUAAGCAUUGCAGCAGCUUCGUAAAUAAACAUUUUAACCAACUGGUGAGUCUGUUGGUUGCUGGAUCUUCACGUGGAAAAGUGUGCAGACUUUUAAUGGUUUGUUCAGCCCAGAAUGCAUUUGAAGAUAGUCUAGGAUACGCAUCACAGAGUAAAUUAGAAGGAUUUACUAGUUCAACUGCGGAAGAAAAUAGUUAUUACUUAGAAACUAGCCUAGAAGAUAAGGAAAUUUUAAACAGAAAUGUUGGAAUCAAUGAAUGCUUUAUAUGCAAAGGAAUUGUUAAUGCUGUAAAGGAGAUCGUUGGACAAUCAUUUACCAGGAAUAAUGUACAAAAUGCUCUACGUACAGCUUGCCAAAAAAUCCAUUAUAACCAUUGCAGCAGUUUCGUAAAUAGUCAUUUUAAUCAAAUGGUGAACUUGCUGGUUGUUGAAUCUUCACGUGAAAGAGUAUGCACAAUAAUGAUGGUUUGCUCUAUUCAGAAUGAAUUGGAAGCUCAAACUAAUGAUAAGGAUCAUAUCAAAAAUGAAAUUCCUCCCUUAGGAAGUGUAGAGGAAACCGGUUUAAGUAGGAAGCCUUAUUGUGCAGUUUGCAAAGCAGUGGUGUCAGCUGCUAAACAUUUAAUUAAAACUGACUAUUCCAAGGGCCACAUCAAAAAUACUUUAACAAAAAUCUGUGGGAAACUCCACAAGUUCGGGGAUAAAUGCAAUAAAUUUGUAAAUCAGUAUAUGGAUAGACUGGUUGAUGCUCUAGCUGAUGCCACUAAGAGGAAUCAAGUUUGCAGGUUAAUUACAGUGGGUUCACACCUUAUUGAAAAUGAGGAUAAUGAAGUGGAAUAUUAUGAUGAAAUUAAUAGUAAUGAGUAUGCUAUUGUGGAAAGAAAUGAUUAUUACUUAGAAACCAACUUAGAAACUUCAGAUGAAAAUGUUGGAAUUGGUGAAUGCAUCAUAUGCAAGGGCAUUGUUAAGGCUGUGAAGGAGAUUGUAAAACAUUCGUUUACCAGGGAUAAAGUACAACAUGCUUUGCGUAAAGCUUGUGAAAAAGUUCAUUCUAAGCAUUGCACUAGCUUUGUAAAUAAACAUUUUAACCAAAUGGUGAGUCUGUUGGUUGCUGGAUCUUCACGUGGAAAAGUGUGCAGACUUUUGUUGGUUUGUUCAGCCCAGAAUGAAUUUGAAGAUAGUCUAGAAUACGAAUCUCAGGGUAAAUUAGAAGGAUUUACUAGUUCAACUGCGGAAGAAAACAGUUAUUACUUAGAAACUAGUCUAGAACAUAAGGAAAUUUUAAACAGAAAUGUUGGAAUCAAUGAAUGCUUUAUAUGCAAAGGAGUUGUUAACGCUGUAAGGGAGAUCGUUGGACAAUCGUUUACUAGGAAUAAUGUACAAAAUGCUUUACGUACAGCUUGCCAAAAAAUCCAUUACAACCAUUGCAGCAGUUUCGUAAAUAGUCAUUUUAAUCAAAUGGUGAACUUGCUGGUUGUUGAAUCUUCACGUGGAAGAGUGUGCACAAUAAUGAUGGUUUGCUCUAUUCAGAAUGAAUUGGAAGCUCAAACUAAUGAUGAGUAUCAUAUCGAAAAUGAAAUUCCUCCCUUAGGAAGUGUAGAGGAAACCGGUUUAAGUAGGAAGCCUUAUUGUGCAGUUUGCAAAGCAGUGGUGUCAGCUGCAAAACAUUUAAUUAAAACUGAUUAUUCCAAGGGACACAUCAAAAAUACUUUAUCGAAAAUCUGCGCGAAACUUCAUAAAUUCGGGGAUAAAUGCAAUAAAUUUGUAAAUCAGUAUAUGGAUCGACUAGUUGAUGCCUUAGCAGAUGCCACUAAGAGAAACAAAGUUUGCAGGUUAAUUACAGUAUGUUCACAUCUAAUUGAAUAUGAGGAUAACGAAAUGGAAUAUUAUGAUGAAAUUGACAAUUAUGUUUACGAAGAUAAUUACUUAGAAACCAACCUGGAAGUUUCAGAUGAAAAUGACUGUUUCAUAUGCAAAGAAGUUGUUAAGGCUGUAAAGGAAAUUGUAAAAGAUUCACCUACCAGGGAUAAAGUACAGAAGACCUUAAAUAAGGCUUGCCACCAAGUUCAUUCUAAACAUUGCAGCACGUUCCUAAAAAAUCAUUUUAAUACACUGGCGAAAUUGUUGGUUCCUGGAGCUUCAGGUGAGAAAAUCUGCAGAUUUUUGAGGGUUUGCUCAGUGGAACCAGAUUUCCAAGACCCAGGAAGGGCAUUGGAGACUGGAGCCAUAAUACCAUUCAGAGAUAUUUGCAAUAUGUUUAUAAGCAAAAGUAAAAAAAUAAUUAUGGAAACCUUAAAAAAUGAGACUUACAGGAAAUUAGCGUGUGAAUCCACGGAUAAACCAAAUGUUUUCUGUGAAAACGAUUUAGAACAUCUGGAUCAACUUUCCGAGCUAACAAACGCAAUACUAACAUACCAUGUUGGUAUUGCAAUGCCAGUUUGUAUGACAUCGGAUAACUCAUUGGAAAACCGGUUAGAAACUAAAGUCACAAAUUUUCGUCCAAUAAUUUGCCGAGGAUGCCAAUUCGUAUUAGAUAUCGUUCGCCAAGUACUUUUUAACAACACAAUAAUGCACUUAUUAGUUAGGGACAUAAAAAUCCUUUGCAUAUUAUUGCCAGACGGUUUAAAACGAAUGUGCGUAAAAGAAAUUAGCCAGUUUAUACAAUACAUACAAAAUAUAAAUACUCAAGAUGCUUGUCACUCAUUAUCGCUGUGUUAAUGAUGGGACUUAAUUUUUAACACUUUAUUGUAAUUUAUGUUAAAGAAAAUAUAUUACUGUUUUGGCA